CAUCUUGGCAUCAUGCGCAAGUGGAAGGCAAAUAGUUACUUGCUGAGUGUUUGUCUCCUGGUGUCGGAGUAUGUGCGACAGCAGCAACAAGAUGCCAAGCAGAACAGCGCCGGCGAGGACUCGGUAGCGUCUCUAGUUGACGCGCCGCACACGCAGCCUGCCCCAUCAGUCAUCAGCAGGACGUCGCUCAACACUCUGGCGCGAUUUCUAAGUCUCGAGAUCCAGCACCCUAUGAAAACUAAUCAGGACAAUUCGAGCAGGACAGGAUUCACGACCCUCAAGAGUUUAUUGCGUCGGUUGGAGAUGAGUUUAGACAAUGAGCAGGACUUUGAGCAGUUGUCCUGGCAGCUCGUGAGUAUCCUGACGCAGAUCGAGAGCCCCGACUCCGUGUGCAACGUCGUGGAGCAGAUUUCCGAGUGUGUGACACCGCUACAGUUUGUACGUGACGGAGAGGACGCAGAAAUGGACGUGGACUCAGCCAACUCCACACUGGUCCGUACCAGUUUACUGGGUGUGUUCGUACGCAGCUUCUUACUGGAGGUGAACCGCCUCCUGUUUGACGGUUUAUCUAGACUUUUUGAUGAUGUACAACAGUAUCUGGAACAAUUUCGAGAUGAUAUGGAGAAGGAGAAGAAAAUGGAGAAAGAGGAGGAGAAGGACAGCAGUUUGGAGCUGCUAGGGUCACCAGCGUCACAGAAUCUAUGGAAUGAAGGCAAGAUGGACGAUGACGAGCUGCUGCUGUCGCCGAUUCACUCAGGGAGCGCAACGCCAUUGCACAGUACACGACAAAACAAUUUGAUGACGCCUGCACCUACAAAACUUGACCCACAUGUCUUGACGGAGAAGCUGCUGACUCCAGAAGCUGUUCGGGAAGUGAACGACCCGGCGGUGUGGUCGAAUGACCAGCUGAAUUACAUCCUAAGUGACAUGAUCCGCGAUAUGGGAGGAGGACGAGGAACUUGGAACUCGCAGCAACCAAAGGGUCACUCAACGGAAGAGCAACUCCGACUGCUUCGCAAGAAGAUGGACAGAUCCAACCCAAACGUGCUCUUCACGAGGUAUUUAUCGUUUCUUAAAGAUCGUGAUUACCAGGGUGCACUCGACAGCUUACACCAAUACCAUGAUAUCCUCUCACCUCGUCAGAAUUCUCGAUCAGUUGGUAAUGGUAGUGGUGAAGGCAAUGGCUCUGCGUCGACAGGGUUGGCAGGGGGUUCUGGGCUUCAUUUCCGAGGAAGUGGUAUCCAGUAUGCCGCACUGAAUUUGGCUGGCUUGCAGAUACUAUUCGACCACUGUACUGCCGCACAAGAAAGUAUCCAAGAAGCGAUACGAGUAGCUCAGCAUCACGGAGAUCACAUCUGUGUUGCAUUCGCGCUGGCGUGGCUUAUUCGCAUUAAUCAGAAGAUCGGGAACUCCAAAGAUGCUGUCUUGCAGCUUGUGAGAAGUUGCUUAGACCGUGCUCAGGAAUUACGCUUGCCAUCGCUGCAAGUAUUGGCAACUUUGACAGAAGUGGAGAGCGAUUUGUUGCGUGGGGGUACAGCGAGGUCAGACACGGCGGGGUCGGUGUCGCAGUUUGUUCCGCAUUUGAUUGCUGCUCAUGCGCCGGCGCCUCGCCCGCUGCAUAUUUGGUCCCGACUCCAAGAAGCAAUGCAAUCCAUCGCAUCGAUAGCGACGCCAGCUGCGAGUUUAUCAACCAAUGGCACGCGGACGAUGAUUGCACUUCAAAUGCAAGCUGGGGGAGGUUCUGGCGCUGACUCUUCUGACAAAUCUGGUGGAACUGGGAUGGAUUGGAUCAAGUCUACAGAGGCAAUUCUAGAGACGGUGUGGAUUCUGAGUGGGAAAGUAACAAUCUCAGCAGCAGUUGGAUGGAGUCUGUAUGGUCAACGAUCGCUUGAGGAAGUCUUCAGUCGUAUACAUCUCCUGUGCUACGAAGACUCGGCGAGCACGAGAGAAAUCGCGCUAACGGUGAGUCAGAUGGCGAUGUCGAACCUCGCACAGACCAACAAGAACACAGUUGUUUACGAACAAGCUCUUCGGUUCCUGGUCGACAUUGCUGAUGGAGAGCGGCGCCACUUACUGAACGACAUGUUGUACCAGAGGACAUUACACCGCCUCUUCUUCUUAUGGGCGUUGCAGCGAGGAGAAUUCCCACGUGCGGAAGUCCACUUAGACGCGAUACUUGCCUUAUCUCCAGAAGGAAAAGACUUCCUUGCUUAUCUCGAAGCACUCCUGCUGAAAACCGCGCUAUGGACCGCCGACGGCGACUACCCGCGAAGUCUUGACUUACUCGAACGCUUAGAAACUACUUGCAGUGAGCACGGGUUCGCGUAUCUGCAUGCCCAGGUGCUGAUUGCUAUAAGUCGAACUCGCGUUCAAGCAUCUGCUCCACAUGCGCCAUUCGCAUCUCUCAAUUCAUUGCUGAAAGGUGUGGAUAUCUGCAGAAGUCACCAUUAUGAUCUUUUGCUAGCAGAGGCUCAUGUUGUCAUGGCUGAAAUUUACAUCGCGAUGGGGAAGCUUCAAGAUGCUCAUUCACUAAUCAACGAUCAGGUGCCCCUGGUGAUGGAACAUGGCAGCAUUGAUCUGCGUGGAGAAUGCCUGCUCGUGCUAGCAAAAACCAGGAUUGCAAGUAUCAAACGAUGCAAAGAGGGAGCGAAGGAGCCAGCAGCGGCAGCUACGAAGGCCAUUGAAAUGCUCAACGCAAGCGCAGAUAUGUUUUCGAUGGUGCAAAACCUGAAGCGACUAAAUGAGAUCAGCUACGUGCAAUCGAUAGUCUACAAUCAUAUGACAACUCAAGCAAAGAAGAGCGGCAGCGAAUCUAUUGUCUAUAGCUCUAGUCGAGAGGAGGCAGCAACCACCUUCCUCAAGCACAGCUCACAACUGAAGCGAGCGGCUUUUCUAACGAUCGAGCCAUUUUUCGACCUAGAAUUUCCUGAAACCAUUCGACAAGUGAUCGGGCACCGCUCAAGUGAGAUCUAAACCGCAAAAACAGCUUUAAGCUGAGCUUUCGUCAUGCAGCAGCUCGUAUGCCUGUCGUGCAUAUUGAAUCAAAGUAUUCUCCAGCGAAGCCAACCCAUUUCCCAGUUCGUCGACGCGCUUCAUUCGCACGAGCGCAUUCAUCUUGAAACGCUUCACCCCAAAACAUGACGUUUCAUUGAACAUUUUUUCGCCGUUGAAAGACUGGAUUUUGGGGAGCAGACCGCUGUCUUCAGGAUCAACAGGAAGCUCUUGAAACGUGUGCCACACCCGUCGAUCAUCUCGACCGCUCAAUUUGAUGGUAUUUCGGUGCCAGAAGAGCAUGUCUUGGCCAGUUAAAUCGUACUGCACCAUCGUUACUCCGCAAUAGCGUUGGCGGUCGUAAUUAACGAUUCCAAGAGUUCCAGGUACCCGACGGUCGUUGUAGUAGAAUUUCCUUCGCAUCUGCAGCCACGUCAAGCGGAAGAGAUCUUUGUCGCCCCACACGAGCUUCAAUUUUGAGAAAAGAUUUGGCCUAUGCGUCGCGUAGUACAUCAAUUGUUCAAGCAUCGGCUUGCUCGUAGCUCGAUUCACCAGUACCUGACCGCUUUCCUGCUCUAGCAUAUCCACGUAUUCCAGGUCUAACAACUCCCACACCAAACUCUGAGCAUGGAGGUUGAAGAUUGAGUUUCCAGGAUGCCAGAAAUCGGGCCAAAACACAGCUCCAUAUUGCUUCAUCGGCCAAGAAGAGAACAGUGAUGUUGGAUCCUUCACAGCGAAAUUGUCGGCGUCGAGCAGCAAGACGCUGGUGAAGUGUGAGUAGUACAGAGCAUGUAUCUUUAUGUUGAAGCCAUAGAUGCGAUCGUCGAAUACUUGUCGUAAGUGUACGGGUCCAUAUUUUUCUAUCAGCAGUAACAGCACGGGGUUGUCUGUUGCUAGCUCAUCGUGACGAAACCAGAUUUCAAUUGGAAGUGUACAGCCAACAUCUCGUAGACGACGGAUGCUCGCGAAUGCACCGGGAAGAACGCCUUCGUAAACAGCCAUGAUAAUUCCAUGUGAGUCGAAUUGGUCCAGUGCCAUUGGUGGAUCGUGACGAUAUGCCUUGGCGUUGAAGCGAAACGAGGAAAACGAUUUUGCCAAUUCACACGUAAAUCGAGUGUCAUCUUUGAGGGAGAGACUGGUAGUCUGCAUCACGCGAAAUACUUGACCAGAGGUAGAGUUCAUCACCUCGCAGUACCCAGCGUCACCAGCUUGAAUCCGCUGCCAGCACUCUCUUCUCGUCCCCAAUUCGUCUCCAUCGUUGUCGGUUUCCACCCAACCAAGACAUUUAAACUCGCGUUUCUUCCACGCUUGAGCUGGGUAUUCAUCGCUUUCAUCUUCCACAGCAAGUGUAUCAAGAUCUCGAGAUUCAAAAUUGACGACAGUAUUGUUUUUCAUCUCUGCCCAUUGAAUCCAGAUAAUGGCGGCUGAAAAACAGUAAAGCACCAAGAACACAAUGGACACCUGCACCACUCGACCAAACAGACGCUUGCUCCGUGAAGACAUCCUAGCCCAGAAUGCGUGUUCCUCCAUCGAGUUGCUACAUCCAUCAAUCCAUGGAUAUCAACUUUUUUGGUUGCAACAUGAAGUUAUUUUUCUGGAUGGAAGUAUCUGACCGCUUUCGACUUGGAAUGCUUUUACUUAAUGGUCUUAUUUAACGUUAGUUUCUAGACAUUUUCACAAUUAUUGAAAGCAAAUUGUUUUUAGGAAAUAAAACGUGCCACACGAUCUGAACACC